AUGGCAGCCAGAGCCACCGCCAAGCUUGCUCUCAGGGCACCAGCACCUGCCCGCAUCGCCCCCUUGGCCCGGCCGCGCCUCGCUCCCUCAUCGCUCCCCGUCAACCGCCGCCUCGCGUCCUACUACCCUACCCUCGAGCGCAAGCCUCAACGCGGCAUCAAGGUCGGACACCUCUUUGCCGGUCUCGCCCUCCUCGGCAUCGGCGCCACCUCGUACGGCCUGUUCCAGUUCUACCAGUCGUUCACCGCCUACCCCGACACCGCCUCGCACCCGAUCCGCUCAAAGCUCCGCGCCGCACUCCGCGCCCAGUCGGCCGGCGAGCACGCCCGCUCGUCCACCUUCUUCGCCUCGGCGUACGACCUCGCCCUCGACCUGUACGCCCGGGGCGAACUCGCCCCGACGACCGACGAGGCCAUAGAGCGCCUGACGGGCAUCGCCAUUCGCUGGGGCGCCAUGUGGGAGUCGGUCGCCGACACACAGCGCGCCAUCGAGGCGUACGACACCGGCUUCCAGCCCGUCGCGGCCCGCGUCGAGGCCCACCAGCUCGCCACCUCGUCGUCGUCGUCGGUGACGAGCACGCCGCCGUCGCCCGUCGAGGUGCGCCGAGGCGCCGCCAUCGCCGUCAAGCUCGGCGACCUGUGGCUCAAGCAGGGCGGCGGCGGCGGCGGCGCCGCGGUGCGAGCGGGCGAGGCCGACAGCGAGGCCGAGCGGUACUACACGUGGGCCGUCCAGGAGCUCAUGCGCCUCAGUCUUACGGACGAGCAGAAGGCCAAGGUGCGCGCCCAGCUCGUCGCGCAGGACGCACCGGCGGCGGCGGCGGCGGGCGAGGCGCCGACGGACAAGAAGGCCCGCAAGGAGGACGACAAGGACCUCGAGGUGCCUGGGUGGGUCGGCGAGGUCGAGCUCGUCGCCGCCAUGGAGCGCCUCGGCGAGCUGUACUCGCGCCUCGGCCGCAUCGAACUCGCCCAGCCGUUGCUGCAGCAGGCCAUCACGAUCCUGUUCCCGCCGCCGCCCAAGGAGGGUCCGAAACCGCCCUUGCCGCCCAUCCCGCAGCGCUGCCACGCCGCAACCCUCAUGAACAACCUCUCGUCGGCCCUCGUCUCGUCGGCGUCGCCGAGCGCGGCCCAGAUCCAGUCGUCGGCCGGGUGGUCCCGCCAGGCGCUCGUCGUCUCGAACGGGUGCCGCUCCGAGGCGGCCAAGCAGCGCAAGAAGCGCGGCGACGGGCCCGUCGAGGUGCCGCUCGCCGAGAGGGAGGAGAGGGAGUGCGAGUUGACGGCGAUCGUCGCGAGCUACAACCUCGGCAAGCUGAGCGAGAUGUCCAAAGACCCCGACUCGGCCGAGCAGUGGUUCGUCCAGUCGGGCACGCACGCGACCAAGCUCGGCCUGCACGACGCGGCGAGGCAGAGCAACGAGGCGAUCCGCCGGCUCAAGAGCGCGACGAGGGCCAGGGCCGCCGCCGCUGCGAGCGGGGCGUAG